CUUUUUCCUUUUCUGUCAGCCCUGGCUCCCUCGGUCGAGCAGCAGCACAAUCACAGAGGGUAGGGACUAGUACCAGACUGGACUUGGGAGAUGGAAGAAGAGCUCCUGAAGCUUCCUCCGACGAUCCCGGAGGAGUCGCUGGCGCAAGUGCUGGAGUCUCUGUGGAGGACCCGCGAAACCGGGCUCGCCUCGCCCGACAAGUCCCGCAUCCAAUCCCUCCUCAACCUCCCCACGCCCCAACACCUCGGCCCCGUUUUAGCGUGCCUUCGCUCUAUCAUCAGGAAGUGUGUGAACGAAAAGCUCGCAGGAGAGAAUAUCCAGAAUGUAUUACCUCAUGAUCUUCCUGCGGAACUCAGAAAUGUUCUUGUCUUGCUACUUCAGAAAUAUCAGAAUCAAUGGAUGGCGGAAGCGACAAAGGACCAGCCUCUUUGGCAGAAAACACGGGUGUCAGAUCAAGUUAAAAUCAACAGACUGCCUCCUUUUGCAUCCUCUACAGCAUCGGAACUAUCAUCGUUACUUUGGCCGAGGGAAGAUGAUGCAACCGCUUACCCUAAGAGCAGUAAUACUGCGAGCAAUGUUGUAGCCAAUCUUCCAAGCUUGUCUUCAACGCCACAUAAUCAAGAUCAUGGUUCCCUGGACGGACUGACAACUCUUCCACGCCUCAAGUCAAUGACGUGGACCAUGGAGAAAAGAAAUUCAGCACCAGCAAAUCGCUUGGCUAUCAUUACACUGAAGCUCCAAGAUUAUUCAAAGUCUUCCUCUGGGGAAAUAGAGGUGAAGUUUCAGCUUUCGAAAGACUCACUCGAAGCUAUGUUAAGAUCGAUGACACAUCUCACCGAACUGCUCUCGAAUUCUGCCGCAUCACCAUUGGAACCAUCGGCAAAGAAGCAGAAACAGUGACUGAAUGCUGGACUGUUCAUCCUUCGGGAUCUUGACGGUUCUUUCUAUCACCGAAACAAUACUUUCAUUUUUUGAAAGAAGAAUCGAGAAUUAAACAUCCUGACCAAUGUCGACAGCACUAUGAAAACUAGCUAGGAUUUUGUAUUUGGUUCAUUAGAUGACUUAGCUGCUGCAAAGCAAGAUCAUAAUGCUUUAAGGAUGUGCUUGUUAAGAUCACACCAUUGUAACAUCUGAAAUAUUUUCUGGGUUCCAAUUAAAAUAAUUUCUUUCUGAAAAUCCUUUGGUUUCUUUGGCUUGUUGGACUUUUUUUUUUUUUUUUUUUUUUUUUUUGUUUUUGGGCUCGAGCUAUAUCAAGCCUGUUUUGUGCAUGAAUUGCAGAUGGAUGGAUUACAGAUAAGUACUCCAAAACUUUCCCUGAUGAAUAAUCUGUCAUUAACUGAACAUGCUGAGACAUUUUUGUUAACUUCAUGCUCCUUUCAGGUAAAAAGGCAACCGAAAAAUUACCAACUCCUUUUUGAAUACAAUAUACAUUGGUCCUCUUCCUACAGUAAAUUUCUGGAUUAGAAACUUGAAAAUUAAUUGAUGUAGCACUGCUGUGCAUAGUGCUUUAUAACAUAAAAGUAGCAUUAAAGAUUUGUAACGUAUCUUCGAUUCGUGCAGUCUUAUAUAUGAGAGCUUCCUACAUUACUCUUAGCUCUCAGAACCAAGACACAGGCUAAGUUUCUCAUAAUUAUCAUUUUUCAGCUGAGAUAAAAGGAUUGCAGAGAAUGAGCGAGCUAAAUUGGUCGCAGGGACGACAGGACAACAUCCUGAAGAGAGCUAUCUCUCAGCAUGGCGGCUUUGAACUCGUCGAAGGUGACCUUCCCAUCAUUGUUUGCGUCCAUCUGAUCGAAUAUCUCAUCCAGCUUUCCUGGCUCAGUUAUAUCAGCCGGAAGACAAUCCUCGGGCAACGCCUGCAACAUACAUCACCGUUUUGCUUGAUUUAAUAGAAAUUUUGGAGUAUGUUGUAGAGAAAGGAUAAAAGAAAUAGUGGGGAAAGUUUACUCGAAGCAUCGACGCCAAUUCUUCCUUACUGAUGGACCCUGAUCUGUCCGUGUCAUACAUCUGAGCACAUAAUGAGGGGUCAGAUACAUCGGAAAAAAGCUGAACAAGCAUGGAUUGCUCUAGAACAAUCUUAUUUAGGGGUUCUCUCCUGAACCAUUUUCUACCGACCUCCUUGAAUCAAAAUCAAAUGCAAGGAGAAAAAGAAUAUUAAUCCGAGCUGACCUGAAAGCAGAGUUGGAGAGCGUCAUCUCCUCGCGAAUUUCUGAGACUGGAUAGCCCACACAGAAUCUCCCUCAUGUCCACGGUUCCAUCGCGGUUGUUGUCAAAUAAAUCAAACACGCGAGGAGCCAGAGGAAUAAGUGAAUCCAUUUUCAUUGCUUUCAGUACUUGCUCAAACUCGCUCAGUGUAGCAUUCUCCCCGUUCGAACAUCUGCACUUGGGAGUAUUCAGUUUUCUGAAUCUGGACAGAUUCUUUAUUGACUACAUAAGCUUUCUCUAGCUCAUUAUUAUAGUGUUCUAGUAGUUGAAAGACUCACAUUCGUCUGAAGUGCAACCGCAGUUUCUCUAGUUCCUCUUGUGUGAGAUCAUGGGAUCCAAGCAAACUCUUCAAUUUCCUUGUUCUCAGUGUGACCUUGCUGCUCAACACACUGGCUAUCGCAGCUGCGCGCAGUUUUCUCCGCGCGUUGAAGCUUUGCAGUUUGGAAACGACCUCUGCAUCCAUGAGAUCUUGCUUUGCCGAGUCUCCUAUCACCCAAGGAUGCUUUAGAAGCUGUUUCCAUACAAAGUUAUAGAACUAUCAAACUUCGGCACUAGUUUAAAGAAAAGGUAUUUCCAGAUAUAUCCUUGCAGAAUUUUCUCUUACAUAACAAUCCCUGCAAAAACUGAAUUUUGAUAUUUGUUUUUCAAAAAACUCGAUUUCCUAUACAUGUAUACCCUUGUACUUACUAAAGUCGCAUUCUUUAUAAAGCUAUUUCCAAUCGAAGACCAACUUUCGCCAUGACUUGGAUGAUUCUCCAGGUUACUGUAGUGAUAUUUUUGUAAUGGGUAUACAGUGAAAAUCAUAUUUAGGACAUACAUACAAAUAACAGAAGAAAGUGCAAAACAUACAUCAUCAGCUGUCGGUCUUUUAUACGGCUCGACAGACAGAAGGCUGGAAAUCAAGUCCUUUGCAGAUGAAGUUACAGUCUUCCAUGUUUGAUCCUCAAAGCUGUAUUCACCCUGGAGAGGAAGAAUGUCUCAAGUGAGUUUGGAAAUCCGGAAUCAUAGUGAGCACAUUCCAGUAUGAAGACAAGUGUGUUAUGUUAUACCGAAGCGAAUUUAAGUGGAAUAGCAUAUUUGGUUUGCGAGAUAUCACAUCCAGUAAUUGUAUAAUUUGUACUCUGAUACCAUCUAUCAAUGAUUCCUAUAUAUGUGGCUUGUGAAUUGAAUUCGGCCUGGUACAACAUUGACUUUGUUUUCUCAUUGCCUCAAA